AUGCCUAAUACCCCCUCACCGGUCGUCUCUUCGGGCAAGAAGAGACAACACCCUUCCAGCGACACUUCACCAACACAAUCGGACUCUGUGAAUCCAUCGCGCGACGCACCAAACCCGGCAGCUGUGUCCUCCGGCUCGCCCGCUCGUUCCUCCGCCACCGCUUCCUCCACCGCGUCCUCCGCAUUCCGCAAUGUCUCCGCCUGUAAUCGCUGUCGACUGCGCAAGAACCGCUGCGAUCAGCGUCUCCCGCGCUGCCAGACCUGUGAAAAGGCCGGGGUGCGCUGUGUAGGAUACGAUCCCAUUACGAAGCGGGAGAUUCCCCGCAGCUACGUGUAUUUUCUGGAAACGCGGGUAGCGCACCUCGAGAAGCAGUUGGCGGAUAACAACAUUGAAUUUAAAAAGGUCGUCCCCUUUGACGAAGAGGAGGCAAUCAAAGUUGAGACUGAGGGUGACCCCGCGCAAGCCCAGUCCAGCUCCGACGGUCCUGCCCGAGAUGUCUCCGUGGCGGAAAAGGCACUAUGGAAGAAUACCACAAAUCAGGAGACUGGUCAAUCAGAGACGAGAGAAGGAGAUGUGAAUCGCGAUACGGAAGGCAAUCCCAAUGAGGAUAAUUGGCGUCUGCACAAUUUGGUUUCGAAUAUCGGUAUGGUCUCUGUGCAGGGGACCUCCGAUCCGCGCUAUCUCGGCUCGACAUCAGGCAUCUCGUUUGCUCGCGUGGUUUUCGCUGCGGUCAGGAGCUCGCUCCCUGGUAACAUGCCGGAGCGAGCUUCGAUCCGACCUAGCGAUCGACUGCCGCAGAGCUCUGCGGCUGGUACUACCGGUGGUAGUAUGCGCGAUUCCUUCUUUGGGCUGCAAACAAAGCCGAUGAUGAAGCGUGCCGGAUUCCCAGAUCGAGAGCUUGCUGAGCGACUGGUUGAGCUCUAUUUUGAACAUGCGAAUCCGCAGAUGCCGAUUCUCCACCGGGGCGAUUUCAUGGAAUUGUUGGACCGCACAUAUUCGCUGGAAGAGAAGAAUCGUUCGCCCCGCGCGCUCUAUGUACUUAAUAUCGUGUGCGCCAUUGGCGCUGGAAUUAUCUUUGACGAUAAACCCCAAAGUUCAGAUGAUGAGAACAGGGGGACUCGGGGCCGGUCCUCGUCUGGGGCGAAGAGGCCGAGACUCUCGAGUCAUCAGUAUCAACCGGAAGAAUAUCACGCGUCGGCGAUUGUUCAUCUGGAGUCUUUCCUUGGGUCUUCCUCCAGUGAGGGCUUUGGUGGCUUGGAAGAGCUGCAGGCAGUGCUCCUUCUAGCCAGCUUCGCCCUACUCCGACCCGUUGCGCCGGGUCUCUGGUAUAUUGUCGGUGUCGCCAUGCGACUAGCAGUUGAUCUUGGACUCCAUUAUGAGGAUGGAGUUGGCAUUGACUCGGCGGCGAAAGACGGCAACCAAGCACAGUCGCGGAUCGAUGCUCGCGAACGAGGACGCCGCGAAUGGGUGCGGGAUUUACGCCGUCGCCUGUGGUGGUGCGUCUACAGCUUCGAUCGUCUGGUUGCUACUUGCGUCGGACGACCCUUCGGUAUUAGCGACCAGGCGAUCAGCACUGAGUUCCCUUCCAUGAUGGACGAUAAAUUCAUAACCAAGUCCGGUCUGCUCACACCACCAGACGCAACGCCAACAUACAAACAUGUUGCUAUGCAUUAUUUCAAACUCCGUCUCCUGCAAUCGGAGAUACACGAUGUCCUACAAUACCAGCAAGUUCGCGCCGUGCGGAGAAGGGCCUCCGGCGCAACAAUCCUGCCUCAUGCUGAACUUUCCUCCUCUUUCCUUCAGGGCUUUGACUCUUUCCGUUCGUGGCGCCAUGACGUGCAUCGCCGAUUGGUCGAGUGGCAAGACACUGCCCCGACACGCGCGGAAACGGGCGUGCGAUUCUCUAUCGAACUACUUGAGUUGAAUUAUUGGCAGGCUAUUAUCUUACUGUACCAGCAGAGCUUGACGGUUCCUGCUGAACUGGCUGGGGAACUUACCCCAGCAGAUGACGUCUCCAGUCCAUCUUUCUCAAAUCCCGAUGAAGGUGACGAGGAAGAUCAUGUCUAUCUGAAUGUCGCCGAGGCUGGCCAAAAGGUCAUUCGAAUCUAUCGUCAAUUGCAUAGAGUGCGAUUGGUGAACUAUACUUAUCUUGCUACGCAUCAUAUAUUCAUGGCCGGAAUUUCGUUCUUAUAUGCAAUCUGGCAUUCGCCUCUGGUUCGAAGUCGUUUGACACUUGACGAGGUAGACUUCACGGUCCUCGCUGCCACUUCCGUGUUGGGUGAUUUGAUGCACAAAUGCCCACCUGCCGAGGCUUGCCGUGACGCAUUUGAGCGCAUGAGCAAGGCUACCGUGCAAAUGUGUCUAUCGACCACCGGCUUCGGCUCACAAGUUGACAUGAGCCGUAUCCAUGCUACAACGCAGGCGUACAAUCAAUUCGAUCCGAGCCGGACACGACAAUCUACCAACCAACAGAACCGCACAGGACAAAGCCAAGCCAGACGAGCACCCCAGACACGCUCAUCUCGCCCAGUCCCCAGGUUUGAUAUGAACCUGGGCGAUCUAUUCACCGACAACGCCCCCAUGACCGAUCGCUCACGACCAGAGGGUAGACCCAGAGCGCCAUCCUAUCAUCAAACCGAAGCGAUGGCUCACAACUUCCCUGAUCAACCCCGGUCAUAUGGACAGCAGAAUCCAUCUAUGGAGUUCUACCCUAAAUACGACACCCAGGGCUCUCCCCAACCUCAUCCGCAAUUUUACUAUUCCAAUUCACCGCAGCGCAGUGGCUCUCCAGGUAGUCAUACUCAUGGCUUGACACAUACCGACCCAGAAGCUCAACCAAUCAGUCUAGACUUCUUAGACUUUGGAUCUGGCGAUGCAGAAAACCAGGGUAAUAUGGAGGGCGAAGCAAAUCCUGACUACAACAUGAUGCCAGCGCCGUUGGGCAAUAAUUUAGGCCAGAAUGUGGGGAUUGAUCUUGGAUUUGGAAUGGCCAUGGACUUCCAGCAUGACUGGAGUGAGAAUCCCAAUUACGAUCUUUUGGAGGGUUAUUUCUUUGGGGGCUCUGGGGCUGGCGCUACCGGUGCAGAUCCUUAG